AUGCAAACUUGGCACUCUAAUACCACUUGUACGAAAAAGAGUAGAAUAAACUUGCAAGAGAAGCAAUCAUUUUGGAGAGAAAAUAGAUGGGAGAGAGAGUAA